AUGGCUUCCUCAAAGAUAUUCACCAAUGGCCGAUUCCUUAGCAACACCCACGCCUCUCACCAAGAAUGCAUGAUCACCCAAGAAUCCAACAUUGUAUACAUUGGCCCAGAGAAUGAUGCAGCAGUUCAAAAGGCAAAAUCCAAUGGCGCUGAAAUUUUGAACCUUGGCAACAGAGUUGUCCUCCCCGGCUUCAUCGAUAGCCAUGUCCAUUUGUUAUUCUUUGGACUCUCACAGCAAAAGCUCGACCUUGGGGGAUGCAAGUCUCUUGAAGAAAUCCGACAGAGACUAUCCGCUUUCGCAUCAUGCAACCCUGACCUACCACAUAUUCUGUGCCGAGGAUGGCUUCAGUCUGCGACUGGGGGAAUCGCACUGGCGAGUAUGAUCGAUGAUGUCGACCCAAGGCCAAUUUUCAUUGAUUCGAAUGACCUUCACUCAGUCUGGUGUAAUACUGCCGCUUUGAAGAAGCUACCCAUCCAAGAAAUGAAAGCAAAGGUGCCAGAAUUCAUCACAUGUGACAAAGACGGAAACCCAACUGGCCUUCUGGCAGAAGCCGCCGUUACAGCCUUUAUCUGGCCUUUUCUUAUCCAGUCGCUUUCUAUGGAUGAAAAGAUAGAGGAAGCCUUGCAAGUACUACGAGAAACCAAGGGCAUCAAUCUUCAUAUCGCUGCUCACUGGUUUAUUCCCUACGAAGCAGAUCAGACUCUUCUCGAUGCACAAAUCCAAGAAGCUAUCGACAUGCACAAUAAAUUCCACCCUUCAAAGUCCCCGGAGUUCUGCAUCGUCGGCGUCAAAAUUAUCGGAGACGGUACAGUAGACGGCUGCACAGCCGCGCUAUCAUACCCCUAUGGAGAAUCCGUUGAUCUCGUCGAGCCGCUAUGGCCAGCCCAAGCUUUGAACAGAACACUGCAUCAUAUUACAAAAGCUGGUAUGCAGUGCGCCAUACACGCUAUUGGGGACAUAGCCAUCAACCAAGCCAUCGAGGCAAUAGCGAGCACUAAUAACCCUACCGCUCGCCAUAGGAUCGAGCACUUGGAAAUGGCUACCCCAGAAGACGCCCUUAGACUUGGUGGUCUUGGCAUAACAGCUUCGGUACAGCCUGUCCACAGUGACCCUGCAAUCCUCGAAGGAUACUCCAAGCUAGUCAAACCAUCAGCGUGGGAAAAUGCGUUUCCUUAUAAAGAGUGUCUUGACGGUCAUGCAAAUAUGGCAAUUGGCACUGACGCACCCACAGCCCGACACUUGUCUUUUCCAAACCUGUAUAACGCAACUACGAGAAAGUCUGCAUUGGAGCCCGAGAUGGACAAGGUUACAAAUGGCAAGAGUGCUCUCACUUUGGCACAGGCUACGAAGGCUGCAACAUAUGGAGCUGCGUAUUCUAGGUUUGCAGAGACUUGGACAGGGAGUCUGAAAGAGGGACUGAGAGCAGAUUUCAUGGUUUUGCCGGGUAUUCCGGAAGUUCACGGGCUUUUGGAUGUCAAGGUCGACGAGACAUGGUUUGGAGGAAAGAAGGUUUACGACAAGAGGGGCAAGGGAAGUCAAUUGGGUAGUUCCCGUCUGUAA